GCAUUCAGUUGGCUCCAGCGCUUUACCGUCGACGGGUUCGCUCCGCUCUGAUCCGCACCGUGUUGUAGCAUUUCAGAUUUAAGAUCGUGGAUCCACAUCUCGAGUCACGACAUCUUUUUUUGGUGAGCGUCGCAGAACCUGUUUUUCCCAGCCUCGUGGAUUUUUGGGCAGCAGGUUCUCGAGCAUCCAGUGAAAAUCCAAUCGAAAGAUCUCCAUACCAGAACUGAGAUAAGCCACAUUUUGCCCGCCAACAAAUAAAAUGGAUGAGCAGCAUCAGAACCUCAAUCAAAAUGGCAGCGAAUCCAAUGGUAAGCAGGCCAGGAUCGUUUCGGGACUUGAUCGUCUGCUGAAGACUCCUCCGCCUGGCGAACAGACAAGAGCAGUGCGGCGACAAGUGAUCGCUGUUAUCCUGGCCAACGUGGGUGUCUUCUCAACGGGAAUGACCCUGGCCAUGCCCACCGCCACUCUGCAUCAGCUGAAGGACACCACGGAGCCAGUGCAUCUGAACGAUUCGCAGGCUUCCUGGUUCGCAUCGGUAAACGCUCUGUCCGCUCCUAUAGGCGGCUUGCUGUCCGGUUUCUUGCUUGACAGGAUUGGAAGGAAGAAAUCCCUGAUAGUGCUCAAUGUACUGAUUAUUCUUGCUUGGAUUCUGCUGGCCACACCCAGUGAGAGCGACCAAAAUGCCUUCUUUUGGCAACUAAUUGUCUCACGAUUUAUGCUGGGUGUUGGUAUGGGACUGGCCAGUGCGCCACCAGGAGUCUAUGCAGCCGAGAUCAGUGUGCCCAAGACGAGGGGCAGUCUUAUACUGGGCACAUCCAUUUCAGUGGCCGGUGGCAUAACGAUUCUCUACGGAAUUGGUUACUGCAUCCGCGAUGAUUUCCGACUGAUUGCCCUCAUCUGCUGUGGCUACCAGCUGGUGGCCCUGCUCUGCGUGCUGCCACUUCCGGAAAGUCAUUGCUGGCUUCUGUCCAAGAAGCGUGUGACGGAGGCGAAGAGAUCACUUAACUACUUCCGUGGAUUCAACAAAUCGGAUGAAAUCACCCAUCCCCAAGUGCUCGAAGAGUUCCAGCUUCUGCAGAAAUCCCUGCAGCAAAGGAACACCGCGGUGAAGGAGUCCUUUUGGCGUAAUCUGCACGAACCGGAGGUCUACAAGCCAUUGGUCAUCCUGAUGAGCUUGUUCGCCUUCCAGCAGCUAACCGGAAUCUUUGUGGUCAUCGUCUUCGCCGUGCAAAUUUCCCAAGAGGCGGGCAUCGAAAUCGAUCCCUUCAUGUGCGCCGUGCUCAUUGGUUUGGCUCGCUUGAUCACCACAUGCCCCAUGGGAUACAUCCUGGAGUGGUGGGGUCGCCGAAGGGCAGGGAUUAUCUCCACUUUGGGCAUGUCCGUGUGCAUGUUCCUUUUGGCGGGACAUAGCCAAAUCGAGAUCCUUAAGGAAGUCCCAUAUCUCCCGGUGGUGGCCAUUGUGGGCUUCAUUGUGCUGAGCACUCUAGGUCUUUACACCCUGCCCUUCUUUAUGAUCUCCGAGCUUUUUCCGCAAAAGGUUCGAGGGCCCGCUUCAGGACUCACCGUGGCCGUGGGCAUGUUCAUUUCGUUCGUGGUCUUGAAGACCUAUCCCGGCAUCAAGGAAUACCUGGGAAUGUCGAAUUGCUUCAUCAUUUUUGGGGUCAUGGCUCUGUUUGCCCUGAUCUUCGUUUAUCUCGCCCUCCCAGAGACGCGUCGUCGAACGCUCUUGGAGAUCGAGGAGCAGUUCCGAUCGGGUCGCAGUAAGUCUCAAAACCAGGCUGAUGUUGAAAUGAAGGAGGUUUUUGUUCGAAAGCCCGAGGAAUAGUGCAUUUGGGUAGAUAUGAACUUCGAAUGAGAUGAAAUAACUUAAAUAGAUCCCGUGAAGUGCUUAGUACUGUGAUAGACAAUAAGCAACGCAGACAAUAAUAAAAAUAAGUUUUUAACGAAGAUUAAUGAGCAGCUGAAUUUUCCAUUGGUGCUAGCUAGACUAAAACAUCGUAAUAAUCAAGAAUUAAACGUUUGUUAAGAUUCUUUUAUAUAAGUUAUUAAAUUAAUUCUAAAUAAACACAUCAAAUGAAUGUUUUACAAUUAUAAAUAUGGAAAAUGUUUGCUCACAUAACAUUAGAUUAUGUUACCAACUUGAAAUUAAUUCUCGUUUGUAUUUUAAUAGAUAAUAUUAAGUGUAGAAUUCCUUGAGUAUAUUUUGUUUACUUUGAGUAAGCGGCGUGGAAUUAAGUAGAUUAAGUCAACCUAAACGACGGCCGUUCGCUGAUAAGAGACUGCUAGGCAAUUUUACCUGCUCACAAACACAUUCUCACUCACUCACAUUAGCACCCCGAUAUUUUCAAGCACCUGCUCUCUCUCUACGAAGUGAUAUAUAAAUUAGUAGCACGCAUUCCUAUUUCGUCUCGAUCUAAACUCUCAAUCAUACACGGAAUUCAAUCAGAACGCUGCUCUCUGUGAAAGUCAAGUUCGUGUCCAACGUCAUUCGUUUCACGAUCGAAGAGACGGGGAAUGGAAAUCAACUUAAGUGCGAAUGAGAGAUAAAUAAAAACCGUAGCUGACUGUGUGAUUUCGAUUUCCAUAUUGAGACUAAACGAGUAUGCAUACUUUUGUAGGCGCGUCCGAUUUACACAGAAACGAAUACAACAUUUUAAUUAGCUACGUGUAGGGAAAGAAAAGUAUAAAUAAAUAGUUUCAAGAACUUUGAAAACGAGGUGAGCUUUCAGUAUUUUCUAAACCAGUCUGCUUUGACGUGUGCCUCACAAUUGAAAUAUUUAAGUUUAAGCUUUUGCCUGGUAAUUAAUUAAAGCGUAGCAGAUGCAAUUGCUAGCAAUUUAGUGCCGAUCUGCUUUAUGGUAAUGUUAAUGGUAAUGGUAAUGUCGAUAAUGACGACUGCUGCGGACAACUUGCUGCAGACUGGGCCCGAAAAACGAGCCAUACCUUUUGCCACGGGCAUUCAAGAAAUGAUGGAAAAAUCUGUUCUGCUUUGCUCGUUAACGAGCAGCAGUUUCGGCAGAUUCUUUGCGAUGCGUGUGCCUCGAAAUUCGAACUGGCUGCAAGGAGCGCGUUAAAAGCGCAUUCUGCACAGGCAUCAGCCUUCCCGUUCCUGCCUCUUUCUUUCCCCAAAACCGAUUCACAUAUCAACACUCGCAAAAAAACUGUAUGUAUGUACAAAGAGCAAAAACUAAGCAUUUCAAAAUUUAAUCACUGGUUUAAACUAUAGAUGUGGAUUUGUUGAUUUGUAGCAUUUCGUUUGUUAAACUACAAAAAUACCAGUAAU